GGCAGUGAGGCGGGCGGGUAGGUGGGUGCGCGCCGACGGGGCUGUUGCCCCGGAGCCGAGCCGCACUGAGCCCUGUCGAGCGCUGCCCAGCCCUGCUCCCCGGUGAUGCGCAGUGGCCCCGCUACCUAACCCCGCUGCCCGCUGCCAUGGCGCCCCCAACUCCCGGGAGGGGUGCGGCGGCGGGGGUCCCGGCGGGACUGCGGGCCGCUGCCUGGCUGUUGGCGUGCGCCGUGUUGUGCCGGGGCCGCGCCGCCGCCUGCCCGCCGCUCUGCGCCUGCACCGGCACCACGGUGGACUGCCACGGCACGGCUCUGCGCGCCGUGCCCAAGAGCAUCCCCCGCGGCACCGAGCGCCUGGAACUCAAUGGCAACAACAUCACACGGAUCAACAAGAAUGACUUUGCUGGACUGAAGCAGCUCCGUGUCCUGCAGCUGAUGGAAAACCAGAUCAGCACAGUGGAGCGUGGGGCAUUCGAUGACAUGAAGGAGCUGGAGCGGCUACGUCUGAACCGCAACCAGCUGCACACCCUGCCCGAACUCCUCUUCCAGAACAACCAGGCACUGUCACGACUGGACUUGAGUGAGAACUUCAUCCAGGCCAUUCCCAGGAAAGCCUUCCGUGGGGCCACUGACCUCAGGAACUUGCAACUGGACAAGAACCAGAUCAGCUGCAUUGAGGAUGGGGCUUUCCGUGCACUGCGGGGACUGGAGGUCCUGACCCUGAAUAACAACAAUAUCACCUCCAUCCCUGUGUCCAGCUUCAACCACAUGCCCAAGCUGCGGACAUUCCGCCUGCACUCCAACCACCUGUUCUGCGACUGCCACCUGGCCUGGCUCUCGCAGUGGCUGCGCCAGCGACCCACCAUCGGGCUCUUCACUCAGUGCGCUGCCCCAGCACAGCUCCGUGGCCUCAACGUGGCUGAGGUCCAGAAGAAUGAGUUCAGCUGCUCCGGACAAACAGACUCAGCACGUGUCCAGCUCUGUAGCUUGUCCUCCGGCUCCUGCCCAGCCAUGUGCACCUGCAGCAAUGGCAUUGUGGACUGCCGAGGCAAGGGCCUGACAGCCAUCCCUGCCAACCUGCCUGAGACCAUGACCGAAAUACGCCUGGAGCUCAACGGCAUCAAGUCCAUUCCCCCAGGCGCCUUCUCCCCCUACAAGAAGCUGCGCAGGAUAGACCUAAGCAACAACCAGAUCUCGGAGAUCGCCCCUGAUGCCUUCCAGGGGCUGCGCUCGCUGAACUCCCUAGUGCUGUAUGGCAACAAGAUCACGGACCUCCCCAAGGGCGUUUUUGGGGGACUUUUUGCCCUGCAGCUUCUGCUUCUCAAUGCCAACAAGAUCAACUGUGUGCGGGCAGACACCUUCCAGGACCUGCAGAACCUCUCGCUUCUCUCACUCUAUGACAACAAGAUCCAGAGCCUGGCCAAGGGCACCUUCACCUCUCUGCGAGCCAUCCAGACCCUGCAUCUGGCCCAGAACCCCUUUGUCUGUGACUGCAACCUGAAGUGGCUGGCAGACUUCCUUCGUGCCAACCCCAUUGAAACCAGUGGUGCCCGCUGUGCCAGCCCCCGGCGCCUGGCCAACAAACGCAUUGGCCAGAUCAAGAGCAAGAAGUUUCGCUGCUCGGCCAAAGAGCAGUAUUUCAUCCCAGGGACAGAAGAUUACCAGCUGAACAGCGAGUGCAACAGCGAUGUGAUCUGCCCCCCGAAGUGCCGCUGUGAAUCCAAUGUGGUUGAGUGCUCCAAUCUGAGGCUCACCAAGAUCCCAGAGCGCAUCCCACAGUCCACUGUAGAGCUGCGCCUGAACAACAAUGAAAUCUCUGUCCUGGAAGCCACUGGCAUCUUCAAGAAACUCCCACAUCUGAAGAAAAUCAACCUCAGCAACAACAAGGUGUCAGAGAUUGAGGACGGGGCGUUUGAGGGGGCAUCCUCAGUCAGUGAGCUGCACCUCACCGUCAACCAGCUGGAGUCCGUUCGGAGCGGCAUGUUCAGGGGCCUGGAUGGGCUGAGGACCCUGAUGCUGAGGAACAACCGCAUCAGCUGCAUCCACAACGACAGCUUCACAGGGCUGCGCAACGUCCGCCUGCUCUCCCUGUACGACAACCAGAUCAGCACCAUCGCGCCAGGCGCCUUCGACACGCUGCAGGCCCUCUCCACGCUGAACCUCCUUGCCAACCCCUUCAACUGCAACUGCCAGCUGGCCUGGCUGGGGGACUGGCUGCGCAGAAGGAAGAUUGUGACAGGCAACCCACGGUGCCAAAAUCCCAACUUCCUCCGGCAGAUCCCACUCCAGGACGUGGCUUUCCCCGACUUCAGGUGUGAGGAAGGUCAGGAGGAGACCAGCUGCAUCCCCCGGCCGCAAUGCCCGCAGGAGUGCACCUGCCUUGACACUGUUGUCCGCUGCAGCAACAAGCACCUCAAGGCCCUGCCCAGGGGGAUCCCCAAGAACGUCACAGAGCUCUACCUGGAUGGAAACCAGUUCACUCAGGUCCCAGGGCAACUCUCCAACUUCAAGUACCUGCAGCUUGUCGAUCUUAGCAACAAUAAGAUCAGCUCCCUGAGCAACUCCUCCUUCACCAACAUGAGCCAGCUCACCACCUUGAUCCUCAGCUACAAUGCCCUGCAGUGCAUCCCUCCACUGGCCUUCGAGGGCCUCCGCUCCCUCCGGCUGCUGUCUCUCCAUGGCAAUGACAUCUCCAGCCUCCCAGAGGGCAUCUUUGCAGAUGUUACCUCCCUGUCCCAUCUGGCCAUCGGGGCCAACCCCCUGUACUGCAGCUGCAACCUGCGCUGGCUCUCCAGCUGGGUCAAGACAGGGUACAAGGAGCCAGGCAUUGCCCGCUGUGCUGGGCCCCCUGACAUGGAAGGCAAGCUGCUGCUCACCACCCCUGCCAAGAAGUUUGAGUGCCAAGGCCCGCCUGCCCUGAGUGUCCAGGCCAAGUGUAACCCCUGCCUGUCUAACCCCUGCCAGAACCAGGGCACCUGCCACAAUGACCCACUUGGCUCCUACCGCUGUGCCUGCCCCAGUGGCUACAAGGGCAAGGACUGCGAGGUGGCACUCAGUGGCUGCUCCUCCAACCCCUGUGCCAAUGGAGGGACCUGCCAGCCGCAGGAAGGAGAAGGAGGCAGGUUCAGAUGCCUGUGCCCGGUGGGCUUUGAGGGCCUUAGCUGCCGUGCUGCCAGCAACCCCUGCAAGGACCACAGCUGUGAGAAUGGAGGAUCCUGUGUGCUCAGUGCCACAAACUACACCUGCUUAUGUCCUGCCCACUACACAGGGGAUUUCUGCGAGCAGCCCUUGGAUUUCUGCUUGCCUGAGCUCAGUCCAUGCCAGCAUGGCUCCACCUGCAUCUCCACCAGCCAGGGGCCCAGGUGUGAGUGUGCGCCCGGCUAUGUGGGGAGCAACUGCAGUGAGGACUUUGACGACUGCCAGGACCACCGGUGCCAGAACAACGCCCGCUGCCUGGACGAGGUGAACGGCUACUCCUGCCUCUGCGCUGAGGGCUACAGUGGCCAGCUCUGUGAGAUGCCAGCCCAUGCUGCCAGCCAACCCAGCCUCUGUGAGCGAGCUGAGUGCCAGAAUGGGGCCCUGUGUGUGGAGCGUGGUGCCCGUGCCCUCUGCCAGUGCCUGCCUGGCUUUGGUGGCCCCAAGUGUGAGAAGCUGCUGAGUGUCAACUUUGUGGACCGUGACACGUAUCUGCAGUUUACAGACCUGCAGGACUGGCCCCGGGCCAACAUAACUCUGCAGGUCUCCACGGCCGAAGGCAACGGCAUUCUGCUGUACAAUGGUGACAGCGACCAUAUGGCAGUGGAACUGUACCAGGGCCAUGUCAGAGUCAGCUAUGACCCUGGCACUCACCCCAGCUCAGCCAUCUACAGUGCUGAAACCAUCAACGACGGGCAGUUCCACACUGUGGAGCUGGUGACCUUUGACCAGAUGGUGAACCUCUCCAUUGAUGGUGGCAGCCCCAUGACCAUGGACAACUCGGGCAAGCAUUACACACUGAACAGCGAGGCUCCCCUCUACGUAGGAGCCCUGUUCUCCCCAGGGAUGCCUGUGGAUGUCAACUCAGCUGCCUUCCGCCUCUGGCAGCUCCUCAAUGGCACCAGCUUCCACGGGUGCAUCCGCAACCUCUACAUCAACAACGAGCUGCAGGACUUCACCAAGACUCGGAUGACACCGGGGGUGGUGCCAGGCUGUGAGCCUUGCCGCAAGCUCUACUGCCUGCACGGCAUCUGCCAGCCCACUGGUGCCCAGGGCCCUGUCUGCCACUGUGAGCCCGGCUGGGACGGGCCCCACUGCGACCAGCCCCGUGGCGGCCCCUGCCAGGGGCACAAGUGCGUGCAUGGGCUGUGCCUGCCCCUCGAUGCCCUCUCCUAUAGCUGCCAGUGCCAUGAGGGCUACCAGGGUGCUCUCUGCAACCAACCCACGGAGCCACCUGACCCCUGCCACCACCAGCCCUGCGUCCACGGCCACUGCCACCUCACCCCCGACGGCCAGCCCACUUGUGAGUGCCACAGUGGCUAUGCUGGAGCUCUCUGUGACCAAGAGCCGGAGUGCCACGGCGAGCCGGUGCGGGACUACCACCAGGUGCAGCGGGGCUACGCCAUCUGCCAGACGACGCGGCCGGUGGCCUGGGUGGAGUGCCGGGGGACCUGUGGCAGCCCCGGUGCCAGCUGCUGCACCGGGCUGCGGCCCCGGCGCAGGAAAUACGCCUUCGAGUGCAGCAACGGCGCCACCUUCGUGGAAGAGGUGGAGAAGCCCAGCAAGUGCGGCUGCAGCCAGUGCCUGUGAGCGGCCACGGCCCCAGACUGCCGAGGGACCAGCAGGGAGCCCUCCUGGAGCCAGGGACCUCGCUUUGCCCUGCAGCCACAGCGCUGCUGUCUGCCUGUUCCCGAACUGCAGCUGCAUCAGAGGAGCCCAGUGGAGGGCAGAGCUGUUGCAUCUAAAGGGUUGGGGAAAGAAAAACAAACAGGUGAAACAAGAAAAGAAAAGAAAACCACAAACAAAGCAAAUGUGUAGAUAGAGAAUUUUUUAAGAACUGCAGCCACAUGGCUGUGUGGGUAGGAGGUGGGCUCUGCCCUGCUGCCCCCUGCCCGCUCCCUCUGGCACUCUGCCUUCCUCCUGGUGCAGCCAUGGAGGGCACUGUCUGUGUCCCACUGCAUGUCCUCUGCCUGGAAGCCACAUCCCUUGCAUCCAGCCUGGCAAGUCCUAAGUUUUUCCAUCACCUGGGCCUCAAGCAAAGAGGCCUAAUUUGGCAGCACCUCAAAGGCCUUGACAAGCUGUAGCUGGCAGAGAACUGCUUGUUGCAGCCAUCAUCCUGUGGCCCUGGCAGUCCCAAAGCCCAGCUCUCUGUCCACUCCUUUGGCAGCCCUGGCUUCCUUGCUCCAAGGGCAGGUGCAGCCAGCAGCUACCUGGGGUGCUGCAGCCCAGCAUGCUCCAAGUAGUGCCACCAGCUCUGACCCCCUGGCAACAUUCCAGGGCUGUACUCUGGGCACUGAGUGCUCUGGGCACAGCGCCAGCCUGUUGUGGUUGGAUCAGGACCAGGGUGGUCCCAGACAUGCUGCCCGGGUCACAGGCAAUAGUGUGCAGACAUCUGGGGGGAUCCCAGCACCAGCCCUGCCCCAUGGGUCAGCAUUGCACCACUAGUGCAAAGCGGGGACUGAAUGCCACCAGGACAGUCUGGUGGCUUUGCUCAGAGGUUGGUGCUGCAACGGGGCAACACAGGAACCUCUUUCUUCUAGACUUGGUACUGUUGUGGGUUCUGCAGCUGGGCAGAGGUGUCCCAUGUCCCAAAGAGCUGGGGCAAGAGGCUGCUGGGACUGCUGGGCUGUGGGUUUGUUGCGCUGAUCACUGGCACUUGAGCUUUGUGGGUGCCAGGCCCCACUGCAGAGGCUGAAGAUGCCCAAGCCUGCAAGCCUGGAGCUGACACUGCUGCCAGGGCAGGUCCCACCAUCUCAUGGACUUGGAUGCUGGUGCCCAGCCAGCACCUCUCCAAAGCCUGCAGCAAAUGCAGGGGGCUGGUGUGGGAGUACAGGGAGCCUGUGCUGGGGUACCACACACCUCUGCUCUCUACAGCAUCGUUUCUGGGGCCUGAGGAUGGUGGGGGCCUGUCUUUGACCAGCACACACAGCUUGACAGUGCAUCACCACGCCACCUGGGCAGGCAAACUCUUGGGUGCAGCCCCAGGUGUCUCCAUCACACCACUCCAGUGCAUCUGCUUCAGGUCCACAUCGCUGGCUGCAGCCAGGCUCUGGCCAUAUCCCCCAGGUGCAUCCAAUUCCACAGGUGCCGUCACCAUCCCUGCUCGCUACUGGCAUCCAGGAUGUUCUUACCACCAUGGGAUAUGUUUCUGUCACAAAGGCCCUCUCCGUGGGAGCCCCCUCUGCUGGGACGUGUCUCAUUUUGCCCGUGGCCCAGCUGAGGCUUGGUUGUGUUGUGUUUCUGUUCUUGCUGUAAGCUAACCGCUAAAGUAUCUCUUUAUACAGAAUACUUACAGAUUCUAAUAUAUAUUUGUAUUUCAUUUUGUUAUAGUAUUUUUAUAUGUUCGGGGGGGGGAGGGGGUCAGCAAAUGAUUUCUUUUUGUUUACAGAUGCUACUGGGCAGGAAAAUGACGGUGGCUUUGUUUGGCCUGUGGGGUUUGUGUGUGUCACUGUUGGAGACGCUGGUUUGUACUAGGCUGGUGAGGGAGGCGCUGAGCAUCCUUCUGCUGGCAGAGGCUGUAUUGUUUUAGGAGAUGUUUAGUAUUGUCUAUGUUGUCUUCCAUGUGAACAUGACAUUUAUUCAUUAGA